CAAGAGUUCAAGUACGUAUGUAUCUGGACAAAAAUUGAACUUCCCAUCAUGGAGGAGCACCAGCAUCUACAUUGUGUCAACUGUGUCAGUCGGCGUUGCAUGACCAGACCUGAGGCUGGCAUUUCCUGUGAUUUAAUUGGUUGCCCCAUGGUUUGUGGAGCCGUGUUUCAUUCAUGUAAAGCUGAAGAGCACCGCCUUCUGUGUCCACUUGAAAGAGUGCCUUGUCUGAACAGUGGUUCAGGCUGUCCAUUUACUGUAGCCAGAAACAAAAUCGCUGAACACCUAGAAAUUUGCCCUGCAAGUGUGGUAUGUUGUACUAUGGAGUGGAAUAGAUGGCCAGUCAGUUAUGCAGAUCGCAAAUCUUAUGAGAAUCUGAGCAAAGAUGUUGAUGAAGUCGAACAGUUGGACAUGGCUCUUGCCCUUCAAGACCAGCGAAUGCUCCUGGAAUCCCUCAAAGUAGCAACUAUGACAUCAAAAACAGCUGAUCAGGUAUCAAAAUCAAAAGAACAGACUUCCGUUGUGAGCGCCCCAGAUGUCACCCUUCCAAAUGGCUUGAUGCCAGUAGAUGAAGAGUCAUAUGGUGUGCUUUAUCAAGCUACUGUGGAAACAACCAAGAGUUUAGCUACAGCACUAGAUAUCCUGAACACAGCUACUAGGGACAUAAGCAUGUUAAGUUCAAAGCUUGGCAUUUCACCAUGUGAAACAAAUGAAGAUUGUCAUAUUAAAGAACAAAACUGUAAUAGAACUAUGCAGCAUAAAAUGACAGAGCAUGACUGUCCAGAUGAAGAUAAUAUGGGAGCAGCUGGUGGCAUUCACUUGGAUGUCUUGAGUCAAAAUGUACAGGUGGAACAAAAUGGCUCGAGUGACUUUUAUGAUCCCAUGCAACAGUACGAUUUUGGCAUGAGCCUUGAUAACUCUUUCUGUAAUUGCUUUCAUGUAGAAAAUGCAUGUACAGAUACGCUGCAACAGAAUGACGAACUAGGAAUGUCUAAUUCAGAGCAAUCUAAUGUAGCAAAUGGUGUAUGUAAUUCUUGUGAUGAGGCAUCAAGUUCUUGUGCCCCCACUUCUGUAGCAACACAACUUAAGGAAGGAAUACAUCUGCAUAGUUUGCCUAAUGGCAAUAUUAAUCAUGUAUACCUACCACGUGAUUGUAGCGAAGAAAACCUGUUACACAGACAAAUAGAACAAGACAGGCUCAGAAACACAGAUGUAUUUUCUUUACUUCCUCACCGUACUUACAGUUUUCUCACCAGUCAUUAUUUUUCUGCGCCAAAGGAUGACAAGGCAGUAGAUACAUCAGAUUUGGAAGUAACUGAAGAUCCGAUGGGUCUUCAGGGUAUAGACUUAAUCACAGCUGCUUUGCUGUUUUGUCUGGGAGAUUCUCCUGGUGGUAGGGGAAUAUCCGAUAGCCAUGUAGUUGAUGGAUAUCGUGUCGAUUUUGGGACACAGACAUUCUCUCUCCCAUCUGCAAUCCUGGCCACAAAUACAAUGGUAGGGGAAAUCGCUUCAGCCUCUGCAUGUGAUCAUGCCAAUCCACAGCUCUCAAAUCCAAGCCCUUUCCAGACACUUGGUCUAGACUUGGUACUAGAAUGUGUAGCUAGAUACCAAACAAAGCGCUCAAUGUUUACAUUUGUUUGUGGACAAUUGUUUAGACGAAAUGAAUUUUCUUCACACUUCAAGAAUGUGCAUGGUGAUAUUCAUGCUGGCCUCAAUGGUUGGAUGGAACAGAGAUGUCCUCUGGCUUACUACGGAUGUACAUAUUCUCAGCGCAGAUUUUGUCCUUCAACACAGGGGGCAAAGAUUAUUCAUGACCGACAUCUUAGGUCUUUUGGGGUUCAGCCUUGCAUAUCUACUGUGCUAAUCGAGCCUGAUAAGAGAUGCUGCUUAGGACUGCGUAGUGACCAUCUGAGUAGUCUUCCUUUUGAGGUUCUACAACACAUUGCAGGGUUUCUUGAUGGAUUUAGUUUAUGUCAGCUCUCACGUGUGUCACGAUUAAUGAGAGAUGUAUGCGGAAGCUUACUACAGGCACGUGGAAUGGUCAUACUACUUUGGGAAAAAAGAAAGUAUCCAGAUGGAAGUUCUUCAUGGCAAAUAAAAGAAAAGGUGUGGCGCUUCAGCACAGCUUUUUGUACUGUAAAUGAAUGGAAAUUUGCUGACAUCGUAAGCAUGGCUGACCACUUGAAGAAAUGUAGUUAUAAUGCUGUAGAAAGACGGGAGGAGGCUGUGCCACUGCCAUGCAUGUGCGUCACGCGAGAGCUUACGAAAGAAGGACGUUCACUGCGCUCUGUCCUGAAACCUGUACUUUAAAUAUGAAGUUACUCCAAUUGCACAUACUCAAGCACCUGAUGUAACCUCUGUAACAUUGUGACACUUUAUUAAUUUACUAAAGAUUUCUAGAUAAAUCUACUCUGUCAUUAUGUACAUAAUGUUUUGAAGUGGCAUUUAUUUUUUAUAAUACUGUCUGGUUUUAAUUAAUGCAAAAUUGCCUUAAUGUUUGAAAAUAUGGAACUUGCUGGACAGGGUAGUUUUAUAUAACUUAUAUAAUUUACAGAUUUUUCUUUAGGGAUUUUUUCUGACUUAAUGGUGCCCAUUUCUUUUUAUUGAUUUCAGACUUUUAGAGAUAUGCACAUUUUCAGACAGGAACUUUAAUUGUGUAGAGACAGGAAUCUGACCAGACAACUUGUAUAUU